AUGCUUUGUUCUGAACUCAGGAUGAAUAGCCAUCAGUCUGUGUUCUCCUCACAAAGAGGCUCUGACGCGAAGUUGGUGUCAUCCACUGCCACGAGCUGUGGCGGUGUGAGGACAGGACGGGGCUUGGGUGCUGCACACUACCGAGAAUGCAGAGUCCCCAGCCGGGAUGGCCCGGCCCAGCAUUCUGUGGUGUGCGCUGCCCAUAAAUUGAUGGAGAUAGAGACCAACACAAUUUUAGACGACAUGGGUUACAUAAGGCCAGAAGUAGAAGGCAAGGCCCAGGCAUUCGUUUUUGCCAUCUACGAUGAGAAUCAGAAGCUCCAGUACAUUGGCUUUUCAAAAGACCUCCAGUCAUCUCUGCGGACCCUAUUCAGCAGGCGGCCAGAAAAGGCAUAUUACUACAAGUAUGUCAGCCUCCCUGAGGUCGACCAGAAGGAGAUGGUGGCUACUCGGGGGGCGUGGUUCGAAGAGGUUGGCGGACCACCACCUGGAAACAAAUUGGCCAUGGAAAGGGCGGCCUGGCAGCAGCCAGUCGAUGCCGGUGCCAUAUCCGACAGAGGCAAAUUGCAAGCUGCUGAAGAGAAGAGCAAGGAUCUGCUGGAGGCCAUUAGGAAAAGGGGCUGCAGAGAACAGUUCAUGCCAAAUGCAAGCCUACUUGUCGAAGGGCAGGUUGACUUUGUCCCUGCUGAGGCACUUUCGCCAGAAGAGCUGGAGAAGCAGAAGAAGGAGAUGGAGCGCAUAAUGCAGGCCUCGAAAAAGUGCAAAACAGUGGUUGAUGGGCAAGAGUCAGAUUUCACUCUUUUCUUCAAGAGCAAGUUCCCAACCAAUGGCGGUUACAUGAUCGAUGUUUCUGUCAACCAUGACAAUGUGGAGACGAGGCACAGGAUCAUAAUUGGGAAAGAUUACUAUGAACCCUACAAGGUCGACCCUGAGUCUGUGGUUGAGCUCGUGUUCAGUUUCCUCCUGGCGAACAAGGUGCCGCGCCACACAGAGGGCAUGCUGCUCAGCAGCCAGUUCCCAAUCAACUACUUCAGCAUAUCCGAGCUGGAGCAGUGGUUCGAUGAAUUCAAAGGGGUGUUUUCUUCAAUUGGGGACCUCAAAGGCAGCGAAUUCUGGAGGUUCAAUCGUCUCUUUGAUUACGGAGGCGUCAAUGACAACCUAGAGAGCCUCAACAUGGCCCUGGCGAUUGAAGACUCCUCAGACUCAGCUUGA